AUGACGGACGCGAGAUGCGCUGGCAAGAAAUUUGCCCUACGAAAGAAUCGGGUUUGGAAAGGGGGCUUUCUCGAACGACAGAAUUGGUGGACACACGUCCGACACACCCUUCGCGCACAAGCGCACGCAGCAUACACAGCCAAGCGUCCGUACCUACACGGCCCGGUUCCGAGAGCAUGGCCUGAUGCCAGCGACAUGCGACGAGCACCUCCGAGUUUCCUCAUAGCGAGCGAGCUUGGGAGAUGCGGGGCUAUGACUGGCCAGCGACGUGGGCCCACAUUUCACCUCCAACUCAGCACAACGCACGCUGCAAAGCCUCCGGCACAACACACAUUCUCUCUCACACGGGUGAGCCAAAGGACCAGGCCACCACUCACAGCACUUUUUUUAUUUUAUUUUUUAUUCGACACCACAUGCAUAGCGACGGACUGGGAUCAUGAGCAUUUGAGGCGCAUGCAUAUUUAUCAUUUUUUCUGUCAACUUUCUUCCCAUCCUUCUCGAUUCUACUCCGCUCUUCCGGUUAUUUCCUUCGACACUGGACUCGGCCAAAGACCCGAAGACAAACCGCUUCGAGGACCCGAAACCCGUAGGUUCGUCGAUAUCCACUCGGAGGACAAAUCCACACCUCACGCGCGGGAAGAAUUCGGAGGACGCAACCUGUGGGGACUCUUCAUCGGAUCCGGUUCCAGCAAGAAGUUCCCCCCACGCCAACAGCCCAUCUCCUGGCGGGACAUUGACUCGACCGUCGCAUGUGAAAUGCAGGCCAAGUUGUGA